UGCAACUUUUCCAGCCAACUGCACCAUGGAUCACUUCAUUUCUACCAUGGACACCUCUAAUUUGUCUGCUCAAGGACUUCUACCUCGCCGUGCCUGGAAAACGAGUGGACUGAUCCCUGGGGUGAUGCUGUCCUUCUGCUUUCUGCUCGGAUUUCCUGGAAAUAUUGCUGUGAUUAUUCUAAAGCCCAACUGGCAGAACAUGUCCCACCUGAGCCGGAGUUUAAUGCUGAAUCUGGCCAUUUCUGACCUACUUUCUCUGAUAACUCUUCCCCUGUGGAUCUACAGUCUGCUCAAGAGCUGGACAUUCGGUGAGGUUCCCUGCAAGCUUCUCGGUUAUAUUGUGUACUGUAGCCUUUAUGGCAGUCUGCUGACUGUGACAGUGUUGAGUGUCCAGCGAUACAUUGUGGUGGUGCACCUACGGAGGAGCAUUCAGAUACAAAAAAGACUGCUACUGGUUCUGCUGUGGCUUGUUGCUAUGAUCCUGUCCAUCCCUGCUCUGAUGAUUGAGCAGCUGGAAACUAACCAGAAGUGGACGUACUGCUACCCUCAGUUUUCAUCUGAGAGCCAGGGAAUUGCAGUGCUACUGGCAGAGACCACAUCUGGAUGUGUUUCCUUUUCUGUGGUGGCCUAUUCCUACAUUCGCCUCCACAGGAAGGUCAGCCACGCAACGUUUUCCAACAGUCCACGGACGACCAGACUGGUAACCAGUAUCAUUAUAAGCAACUUUCUUCUGUGGUCUCCUCUUCAUACCAUAAACAUGUUGGCCUUGGGAGCUAUAUGCUUCAAAGAUAAAAGCCUGUUGAAAUUUUGUAUAGAUAUGUGGGACAUUGUCAAGGGACUUGCAUUUGUAAAUAAUUGCAUCAAUCCACUGCUGUAUGCCUUUACUUCGCAUAAAAAAUUUAUUCUUUUCAAAAACCAGCAAGAAUUGCAACAGAUCAGAACUACCCAAACACCGGAUAUAAGUACAAUUGCAGAAGCUUUCAUUAAUAAUUGAAAGGACAAUUUUUGUAUACAGAACUAAACAAAGCAAUUUUUUUUUUUAAAUCAAAACAUUCAUCCUUCCCUGCUAAUUAUGUCAUCUAUCAAAAACUGUAAAAAUGAACUUCGAAAUGGAAUUAUAACUUAUCAUUUGUCAUUUUAAUUAAUCUUUAGUGAGAUUUUUUUUUCUGCAUAUACCUUAUUAAUCUUUUUCUUCAUAUUCAUCCAGUGCACCACUCAAUUUUACUCAUUUGAUAAUAAAUUCAAUUAUCCUUGGAAAGCUGGGGGCGUUUUCUUGGACUAAUGUUGAUUAAAGUGUCUUUGUAUCUGGUCAAAUCCUUAUUUUUUAUUGGACCUUAUCUGAACAUAAUUUUUCAUAAAACCAGUCCCAGUUUCAGGACAUCAGUCAGCGUGAGUACAUAAUCACGCA